GUGAGUGAUGGGGGGGGGAGGGGGUGGCUCUCGGCUCUUAAAGGGGGCACGGCCUCAGGGUGGGCCCUUUCGGGUUACGGUGGAGAAGGGCCCGGCGGAGCGCGCUGAGGGGAGGACGAGGAGGCUCCGGACCCCCCCCCCCCAUGGAUCCCGGCCGCCCGGGCCGCCAGCGGGCCCCCGAUUGCGUCCGCCGGCAGAAACGCCGGGAGCUGGACGCCCGCCGCAGCAAGUGCCGCAUCCGCCUGGGGGGCCACCUGGAGCAGUGGUGUCGCCUCAAGGAGCAGCUGGGCUUCUCCCUGCACUCCCAGCUGGCCAAAUUCCUCCUCGACAGGUACAGCUCCCAGGGUUGUGUUUUGAGCCCAGGACCAAGCACCCCAGAACCCAGCCUUCUCCACGCCGAUGCCUUGCAGCGCCUGGUCGCCCUCUCCCACGGCCACGGCCAGGAGUGCGGCUUCGUCCCCGACGUGAAACCCCCAGCCUCGGGCAGCCCAGCCCAGCUGGUGUGGGAGUGCGUGGCUGGUCACAGCUUCUCCUGGGGUGUCCCCACCGUGGCCGAUGGCCAACAGCCGUGGGGAGUCACCGAGGAAGAUUUGGGGUCCAAUUCCCCACUGGUCCCCAGGCGCCGGCGGUCGUUGCGGCGGGCAGGGCUCGUUGCCGAGCCCAAGAUGGACGGAUCCAGCCCCAAAAAGGAUGGUGCUGAAGCAGAGGUGGCAGCUUGGUCACCCGCUGGUGAUGGAAACCAGAGGGAGGAGGCGGGUGAAAGCAGUGAUGGAGCUCCCCGAGGACAGAUGGAGGUGGCAACCACAGGACUGGACCAUGAGAGCACACCCGUGUUGGAGGAGAAACCGGAGCAGGGCAGCGCGUCUCAGGAAGAAGAGGAGGAAGAGGAGGACGAGGACUUCGCCGAGGACGAUGACCUUGCCUACACCGAUGACCUGCGUGAUGAGAACUACCACCCGUCUCUGGACAGCGACUCGGAGCUGCAGAGACGCCAAAGCCAGCCAAAAUCCCGCAAGAAACCCGUGAAAGAGGAGCAGAGCCCAAGCGAGCCGAGCCCGAUCGAUUCCAGCCCAGCAGAGGAGAGGGGUGGGCGAGUCAGCUGCAAGCGGCGAACGCGGUCGUGCGACGAGGACGUGGCCCAGAUCGGCCCCAAAAGGAUCAGGAAGGCAGCGAAACGUGAAAUCCUCCUCUGCGACUUCGAAGGCUGCGGCAAGAUCUUCUCCAACCGCCAGUACCUGAACCACCACAAGAAGUACCAGCACGUCCACCAGAAGACCUUCACCUGCUCGGAGCCCAGCUGCGGCAAGUCCUUCAACUUCAAGAAGCACCUCAAGGAGCACGAGAAGCUGCACAGCGACAAACGGGAUUACAUCUGCGAGUUCUGCGCCCGCUCCUUCCGCACCAGCAGCAACCUGAUCAUCCACCGGCGCAUCCACACGGGGGAGAAACCCCUGCAGUGCGAGAUCUGCGGCUUCACCUGCCGCCAGAAAGCCUCCCUCAACUGGCACAUGAAGAAGCACGACGCCGACUCCUUCUACCAGUUCUCCUGCGACAUCUGCGGCAAGAAAUUCGAGAAGAGGGACAACGUCACCGCUCACAAGAGCAAAAGCCACCCCGAAACCCCCGGCGGACCCCCCCAAGCCGUGCCAUCCGAGCCUCCCAGCCUCCUGGGGACUGGGAUGGGGCAAACGGAGGCGCUGGGGGCAUUUGGGGUAGAGCAGGAGGAGCCCCAAAGCGGGGAGGAGAGGGGAGAAGCGGAGAAAAGCGAGGGGCAGCCGCCUCCUGUCGCUGAAUAAGGGCGGUUUUGGGGCAGAAUUUGGGAGAUGGUGGUGAGGUCGGGAGCAAAAUUCGUCUCUGGACUCAUCCAGCGGGGACCAAAACCCUCCUCGGAGGAGGGCAGGAGCUGAAAAUGAUGCUGGAUCCUCCAGGAGGCACCGACCUCACGUCCCAGUGCCAAAAACCAAGGAAAAAACAAGAAAAAAAAAAACAAGAAAAAACAAGAAAAAAAAACAAAAAAAAACAAGAAAAAACAAGGGGCCAAACGAGGACGGGGUGGCAGGGGGGCUUCCCUGCUCCUCCAGGGAAGCAAAGACCCCCCCAUCACCUCCUCGCACGAGAUGGGGGCUCGUUCUUCCUAUAUUUUGCGGCAGGAUCCUCAAUAAAAAAGUCAUUUUGUAGAAAAUUA